UUUAUUGUCAUGUGACCCCAUUUCAGCCAUCUUGUGGAAACGGAGAGAGAGUCAACUCGCAUACAAACCCUGCGCUGUCAGUUUAAGCAGAGACUACCCUGAAAAAGAAAAACAAUGGCAGAAACCCAGACACUUAACUUUGGACCAGAAUGGCUCCGGGCUUUGUCUGGUGGAGGUGGUGGCAGCAGCAGCAGUGUUGCUUCACCACCUCUCUCCCCUGCUUUGCCAAAGUAUAAACUAGCAGACUACCGUUAUGGGAGGGAAGAAAUGCUAGCACUUUAUGUAAAGGACAACAAGAUUCCCAUAGAUCUACAUGACAAGGAAUUUCUUCCCAUUUUACAAGAGGAUCCCUUACCACCGUUGGCCCUUGUACCUUUUACAGAAGAGGAGCAGAGAAAUUUCUCUAUGUCUGUAAACAGUGCGGCUGUGCUUCGGCUGACAGGAAGAGGUGGGGGCACUGUGGUUGGGGCGCCGAGAGGUCGAAGUUCUUCGAGGGGACGAGGCCGGGGCAGAGGAGACGGAGGGUUUUACCAAAGAAGUUUUGAUGAUGUGGAGGGAGGCUUUGGCCGAGGAGUAAGGGAAAUGCAUCGCUCGCAAAGCUGGGAGGAGAGGGGAGACCGAAGGUUUGAAAAGCCUGGACGAAAAGAUCCAGAAGCAGCCCCACCUCAUUAUCAGCUUAACCACAUACGAGCCAACUACGAGGAUGCGGUGCCGGGCCUUGUGCGCAAGCACGACUUCACGCGAUCAGAGAGCGAGAACUGGCGCAUGUCUCGCGACGAGCAAAACGGUGAGGAAGACGAGGGGGGUUGGCGGCUAGGGGGCACAAGGCGGGAUGGCGACCGGUGGUGUCCCCCCAGUCCAGAUACGCCUCGUUCAGCUGGGUGGCGGGAACACCCAGAGCGCCGGAGGUUCCCGUUUGACGCACGGGGGGAGGAGGAGCGGGGUUACCGGCGACCCCGCUCAGGCAGCGGCAGCCUGGACGACGACCGCGACGCCCUGCCCGAGUGGUGCUUGGAGGACGCCGAAGAGGAGACGGGCAUCUUUGACUCUUCCGGAGCCUUCCACUCACUCAAGAAGGGUCCUAAGGAGCCCAUCCUGGAGGAGGCAGAGCUGGACUUCCGGCCUCUGGAGGAGUGUGAGGAACACUCGGAGAGAGACGACAGCGAAUCAGAGGAGACCAAAGACCCGGCCGCCGAGGCCAAGAAGGAGGGAGAUCGGAGGGAGGUAGAGGAACUGGGAAAAGCAGAGGAAGAAGUGAUCACGGCUGCUCCUGUUCCGGCGGCCCCCACCCCUCCAGAGCCCACUGCCCCUUCACCUCUGUCCCCCAUCCAGCCAGUAGCACCCGAGGCCAGCCAGCGGCCGCUAGAGAGAGCCCCAGACGUCUUACCUGAGCCCUGCAAAGUCCCCCAGCACAUCCCCACCUCCACGGCUAUGGUGGAGGGCAUCUCGCUCCCCCACGUCGCUUCCGCCAGUCCAGACAUGCCUGCCCCCACCCCCACACUACCACCGCCACAGCCAAAACUGCCUCAGUCUCUAGAGAUACCCACAGCAGUCCCCAUCAACCUACCCUUCCCGGCGGGCGUCAUGGCACCCAUCGGCAGGCCCGGCACCAUGCCCCACGACGCGGAUGAAGAUGAGGGACUAAAGCAUUUUGAACAGGAAGCGGAGAAAAUGGUGGCUUACCUCCAGGACGGGGUAGUGGACGAUGAGCAGCUGGCCAAGAUUGCUGAUCGGCCCAAACCGACAGCCUUGCCCAUCAACCACGAUGCUGCUUUUAAAUGGUUCUACAAGGACCCACAGGGGGAGAUUCAGGGACCCUUCAGCAACCAGGAGAUGACCGAAUGGUUCCAGGCGGGCUACUUCACAAUGACCCUGUUGGUCAAGAGGGGCUGUGACGAGGUCUUCCAGCCGCUGGGGGAGAUCAUAAAGAUCUGGGGGAGGGUACCGUUCACACCCGGACCAGCGGCACCCCCAAUGCUGGGGGAUGUUGAUCAGGAGAGAUUAAAGAGGCAACAGGAGCUAACUGCAAUCAACCUCUAUCAGAUGCAGCAGCUGCAGUAUCAGUAUCUUCUCAGGCAGCAGUUUGUGCAGGCGCAGGCCCUGGCUCAGCAGAAAGCAGCAGCUCUCAGCUCAGCACCCCCACCACCGCCGCAACAGCAGCAGCAACAGCAGCAACAGCAGAUCAACCUGAUCCUCCACCAGGCCCUGAAGAUGAGGUCCUCGGAAACUCUGCUGCCGCCGGUCACUCGGUCCAUGUCGGUACCGGACUCUGGUUCGGUGUGGGACAUGCAGAACUCCUCCUCUCAGGCCUCCUGCGCCCCCAGCAUGCCCCCUGCACCGCCUAACAGUGCAUGGGAAGGCGGCAGUGUGUGGGAUUUGCCAAUUGACUCCAUGGCACCGGCCUCUACCAUGGAACAGAUCCAGCAGCUGGAGAAGGCCAAGGCCAUGAAGUUGGAGCUGGAGCGGCGUGAGGCAGAGCUGCGGGCCAAGCGUGAGGAGGAGGAGAGGAAGAGGAUAGAAGAGGCUCUGAGAGCCCGGCAGGAGGAAGAGCAGCGGAAGCGCCUGGAAGAGGAGGAGCUGGCGCUGGCGCGUAGGAAACAGGAGGAGGCCCUGAGGAGGCAACGUGAGCAGGAGGAGGCGCAGCGCCGGCAGAAGGAGGAGGAGGAGGAGAGGUUAGCCCAGGAGGAGGCGCUCCGAAGACUGGAGGAGAGGAGGAGAGAAGAGGAGAAGGAGGAGAGGAGGCAAAGGGAAGAGUUCCUCCGCAAACAGGAAGAGGAGAGGCGGAAACAGGAGGAGCUGGAGGCCCUGCGGAAGCGCGAGGAGGAGAAGCGGCGCGAGGAGGAGGCGGCGGCGGCAGCUGCGGCGGCCGCAGCCCUGGCACUGCAGCAGCAGCAGCAGGAGGAGCAGAGGAGGCGCGAGCUGGAGCUCCAGCGGCAGCAGGAGGCGCAGAGGCAGCGGCAGCAACAGCAGGAGGCCCUCCGGCGCCUGCAGCAGCAACAGCAGCAGCAGCAGCUCGCCCACAUGAAGCUUCCCUCUUCUUCAAAGUGGGGUCAACAGUCGGCCUCCCUGCCUUCCCAGUCCCAGAAUGCACUGUCACUCGCUGAGAUCCAGAAACUAGAGGAGGAAAAAGAACGCCAAGCACGACAGGAGCAGCGGCGGCAACAGCAGGAGCUGCUGAAGACCCAGCAGCUGCAGCAGCCCCAGCAGGCCCAGGCCAAGCUCUCGGGCUGGGGCAACGUGGCCAAGCAGCCGGCCGCAACCAAGUCCUUGCUGGAGAUCCAGAGGGAGGAGGCGCAGCAGAUGAAGCAGAGGAAGGAGCAGAAGCAGCAGCAGCAGCAGCAACAGCAGCAACAGCAGCAACAGCAGCAGCAGCAGCCGCCACCACCACCACCACCUCAGCAGACGCAGCCACAGCCACAGCCACAGCCACAACCACCGGCACCGGCACCGGCACCGGCACCGGCGCCUGUCCAACAGAACCGAGCCAACACGCUGAGCAGCUCGGUCUGGGGCUCGGUGAGCGCUGGCUCCACCUGGGGCUCGGACACCAGCAGCAUCUGGGGCGACACCCACAACUCCAACGUGGGCUUCUGGGACGAGGCCGUCAAGGAAGCCGCUCAGCCUCCCCCGCGCAAGGCCAGCUCUCAGAAAAACAAGGGAAACGCUAACCUCAGUAACUCGGUGAGUGCGAAAGCCAAUAAGAAAGCGGAGGAAGAGGAGAAGUUGCUAAAACUGUUCCAGGCAGCCAAUAAGAGUCAAGACGGCUUCAUGCAGUGGUGUGAGCAGACUCUGCACACGCUCAACACUGCCAACAAUCUGGAUGUUCCUACGUUUGCAUCCUUCCUGAAGGAGGUGGACUCCCCCUAUGAAGUGCAUGACUACGUCAGAGCCUACCUCGGUGACACGCCCCAGGCCAAGGACUUUGCCAAACAGUUCCUGGAGCGCCGUGCCAAACAGAAUGCCAAUCAACAGAAACCGCAGCCGAUCCAGCAGCAGAAAGUGCAGCAACAGCAGCAGGGCUCUGUUUGGGGGGAGACGACACCACAGCAAGUCCUUCAGUCCAACCACACUAGCCUCCAACAGCAGCAGCAGCGCUUUGAGACUGUGACAUCAGGGAAAAAGAAGAAAAAGCAGAAGAUGGUUCGAGCAGACCCCAGCCUCCUCGGUUUUUCGGUCAAUGCCGCCUCUGAGAGGUUGAACAUGGGUGAGAUCGAGACAGUGGAGGACUUUUGAGGACUUGGAAAGGGACCGCUCGGCUCGACUUGAUGCCCCGUCAAUCUCACCCCCCUGACUAUUUCCCAUCUGAACAGCUGCCUCCCCCCCCGCACCCACCCCAUCACUACUCUUCUGUUUUUCUUUUUCUGUCUGCCCCCACCCCACCCCCGCCUACCCUUCCAUGUCAAAUUCCAAGCAGUGGAUGGAUCCUGGGAGCCUCCUGACACCAGUGUCAUGCCCAACCGCCAAGAGGUUCUUACAGGGGAAAACCCCCAAGCUCGACUCAGACGAGGCUUCACCGGGUAGAACGGCUGAAGUCGGACUGUGUGUCUGCGUUGGGAGAGGACCCUUGUUUGAUCAACACGGGUGCGGUUCAGGACAGAACCUCACCUCAGCGCGUCAGUCCCAGCAGCCAGUGGGUAGCCCCCACAAUCAAUUUCUUUUUUUUUUUUUUUUUUCUUUUUUUUUCCCCCAAUUGUGAAAAUGAGGGUCAUGCAUUUAAAAAGAGGAAAAAAAGAUUAAGAUUUAAAGAGAAAUUUCUUUUUUUAUUAUUUAUUGAUGUUUUCCCAACCAUUUUUGCCUCACCCUCCUCUUCAUUCUUCUUCCUGUAUGCUGACGGUUGUUCGUGGACGAUGGUGUUGUAGGACCUAAGGAUGUGAUUCACCAGUGUCCUGUUUUAAGGACAUGUUUUGAAAGUUCCAAGUAGUUAUCCAUUUCUUGUAAAAUAUUAGACUGUUUAAAGAAUAAACUUUCAAAAUCUGCAUCUGUAUUAUAAUAUAUGGAAACGUUGAACGAAUGGAGUCAUACUUUUUUAUUGCAGUAUGAAAUAAAUCAACAGUCUCUUGUGUGGGCUGUUUUACAUCUC